ACAUCCCUGGCUUCUUGCCCUUCUCCUACAGCUCGUUUGCGACUUCAUCAAGAGUGUUCGGCAGGAAGAGGCCAGGGCUAUGGGCGCUGGGCUCAGGGCACACUCAGAGGUCCUCAAAUAUGAGACCAGUGCCGCCCUGCUAGAUUUGCUUGUGGAGAACGGUGCUUCCAAGCCAGAGCAAGUGCCCGCCAUGGUGAGGUACAUCCACCAGUGGCUCCUGGCCAAUGAUUCCGCCGAGCACAGGAUGGACAAGACCCUGCUGAAUCUCACCAAAGCGCACCCGGAUGAUGCAGUAAUGACGCUCCUGCGUGUGGCCCCAUCCUGUGACAGAGCUGCUUGGACCAUGUGGAAAACCAUCAUGGGCUCAAGCAGGACUGCGGAGCUGGCACAGCUGGUACUCCUGGAUGUGCUGGGGAACUGGCCGGAGCACAGCACGUGCACCUCCGAUGGGGACAAAACGGGUGUCUUUGCCCUGGCUGCAACUGUGGUGAUGUGGAAGAUCCUCCAGGUGCGCUGUGUCCCCCGUAUAAUGAAGGUGUAUUUCCCACGCCUAUUUGUGCAGCUGCUCUUCCAAGUGUUCUUCAGCACUCUGGAUAUGCCAGAGGAGGUGGAUACCUUCUGGAAGGGAUGCCAGGAAGAACACGGCCUUGCCACCAGCCCCAACAGCUUUGCAGUGCGGACCCUGAAGUCCCUGCUCUGCCAAAGGCAGUACAAGGAUGUGGUGGUGGCAAUGGAACGCAGGGGUGUCUGGAACACACUGCUGUGUGAUGAUACCCGCCACUAUGCCGUGGGUCUGCUGGCCAGGGAGAUGCGCCAUGCUCGUCUUGAGUUGUGUUCCAGUAUUGCACUCCACCUCCUCCAGCUGCUCAGCAGGGAGGAGCCACGCUGGGAUCUGGCCGCCCUGGCGUUCAUUGUGGAGGUCCUCGAGUGCCUGGAUUACAGUGAAUGUGCUGACAGUGUUGUGGAGGUCUCGUCAAGGUACCUGCAGAGCGCGUGUAGGGAGAGGCGUCGCCUGGCACUCAGGGCCCUUCUCGAGCUCAUUCACAAUCCCUCGAUGGCUGACAAAAUGUGGAGGCUGACUGAAAGCCUCAUGGAUCUACUGUGGGACAAUGAUGCAGAGAUAGCUGGGAUGACACUUGUCGCACUCAGCUUUAUAUUCUGGCGCAAAUACAGUCUGAUGUCAAGCCCUAUUGUCCUGCAGCUGGCUGAGGCACUCCUGCCACUCUUUGACCAUGAUAAUAGCCAGGUACAGCUGCUCUCCAUAAAACUUUUCCGAGACAUGAUGGAGGUUUUGGAAGAGAGAGAAAAACCUUUGGAAAGGCUUGUGCAUCAGAGUCUGCUGCCACUCUUCUUCCACUGCCAUGAUGAGAGUCAGCAUGUGGCAGAGGCUUCUCGGGAAACGCUGCUUUGUGCGGCCAGGUUCCUGAAGAGGAGAGAUAUCAAAAAGCUGGUGAAGGAGGAGAAACUGUGGAAGUUCAGCAAGUGUUUGCUGGCAGAGGACACGAGCCAAGCGGCCGAGCAGCUGCGCCGGGCCCUGCGCUACCUGGAGAGCCCCCAGGAGCCCCUGUGCCUCCGAGGCCAGACUCAGGGACUUGGUGACUCAGAGCUUUUCUGA